AUGCACGCCAUACGGCAGAAAUGUCGCCCGAAGCACCAGGUCCUCAUUCUGAAGUGCUACCCGCAGACUACCAAAGGCGCGGUUGAUGUGAAGCCAAACUCCAGCGAGCUGAGCUAUCUCCUAUACUACGCGACGACACGCCGGAGCAAGGUGCAAAAGGUUGGCGCAUUCUUAGAGAAGAAGACCGCCAGCGACAUAUGGCGACAACGAAUUGGAAAUGUCCAAGUCACACUCCAGAUCCUCGCGGCCUUGAUCGAGAAGGCCCCGAGAGAUCUGCCCCUAUACGCUCCCUAUGUCCUUCGAAUUCUCAUCCUUAUCCUGCGAUCCCGCGAUAUUACUAUGGUCGAAUCCUCCAUACCAACAUUUGAAGCCUUCUGCGAGCAUCAUGACGGAGCAUCUCUUUCUGCUGAUCAAGAAUAUUUACACCAAUACGUGGAAAUUGUGAAAAUGUAUGCAUCCUUCGCUUCAAAGACAUCGCCAGCAGAGAAGGUCCCCACGAGUGCCCCUGUGGCUAUGAGAUGGAGAAACGUGGGUUUGCAGGCAAUCAAAAGUAUAGCAUCAUCUGAAGCUUUGGCAUCCCUCCCUGGAAGACAAUUGAAUGUAACAGUUCCCAUGCUGCUGGAAAACAUCUGGACGGACAACGAGGAUUUCAUUGAGGUUUUGGAGCAUAGGGCACAGCUGGAAGAGAAAGCUGAUACCGAGAAUUUGCUGCGAAGAAGGACCAGUAAUGCGACUGUACGGACUGCUGAUACAUCGGGGGACGCGGAUGUCACGCUCUCAGCGACUACGGCUGAUGCAGAUAAACUUGCGGAAGAACGUACUGGUAUUUUGGCUAUGGAAUGCCUAAAGCAGAUAUUCGAGGUGAAUAAUAGGCCGCAAAUACACGAGGCGACAAUUGCGACUUUGGCGUUCAUUGCUGAAAGAGUUGCGCAACGAGGUGCGGUGACAGACGAAAAGCCUAAGGGAGAUCGAUGUGUGGGACUGGCAACAAAAAUAUUCGAUAGGAUUGCUCAAUGGACCCCUGUGCAAGAUCGCUAUGUAAUUCUGGUCACAGCAAUGGAGGUUUUGGUGCGGGGCCAGUUGGUUGACGAAAAUCUGCAACAGCAAUUGGUUUUGGCUACAAUGGUGGACUCGCUUCUAAAAUCGGAAAUCAACCUAAUUGGGCUGAGCGUGAUGGAUGUUUUACUUGGGCUGAUCAACCACGUGCUGGGAGUUCUUCAGUUAGGGGGGGUAGAGCCGCAUCUACCAGAAAAUGUGUCUGGUGCAGAUUUAUCACCUGCCGAUACCAGCGCAUAUCCCCAGACUGCAUCAGUGCCAACCAACGUUAGACGAGACCUGUUAGAGAGGCUACAGCAAUGCAUAGGGGACCUGGCCACACAUGUCUAUUAUGCGGAUCAAAUAUCCGACAUGGUCUCUGCCAUCCUCUUGAGAUUGAAGCCUACACCUACCUCCAGUCUCCCUAAUACCGCUGCAGCCAUAGAAAACCCGAAUCUUGCAUCGGCUACAGUCAUUUCAGCUGGGGAUUUGACUGAGGAUUUGAAUACAGAUGGAUUCUUCUCAUUCGGUACAGCUAAGAUCAAAGGACUUGAAGCAAUCAAGGCUAUUCUUCUGGUUGCUAGUCAUCGGAAGGCCGUUAUUGGUGGCGCAAGUCUUGGUAGGCAUCGAGUUCCCGUAAAGGUCUGGGAAGGGACACAGUGGCUUCUCCGAGAUAGUGAUGGAAAAGUUAGGAUGGCAUACGUCGAUGCACUCUCGACUUGGCUCGAUACGGAGAUUACCCGUGCAGAUCUUCGUGUUUUUGAAGAGAAGCCAAAGAGCUCUGCAAAACCAGGUCGUAACGAUCAGGCCACCAACCUGACAAAACGCGCCGUUUCGAACGCCUCGCAGAGAGAAAAGCCCACUAAAGUCUCGAAGACCACUUUUUUGCAAUUGCUAAAUUUAGCCAUCUACGAAAAUGCCCUCCAAUAUGUGGAUAGCGAGACGGAUAUCGUACUUUUGCACCUGCUACUUGCCAAACUGGUGGAGAAACUGGGCGUCAAUGCUGUCAAGAAUGGUCUCCCUAUGAUCUUCCGUUUACAAGAAGAUAUUCUCGAGGCUGAAACGCCUAUUGCUAAGAUUCGAAUGGGCAGUCUUUGCCAUGGAUACUUCUGGCUACUAAGCGUUAUGUUCAAUUUUGAGUCUUCACCAACUGGCCAAGCAAUACAGAAUGAGAUACAUCGACGGCGGAGCAAGAUGUUCUGGGUUGAUCGAAUUCGUGUACCACCCAUCCCUCUUCACCAGAUUGGCACGCCGGGUACAACCACACAACACCAAGCUCUGCCAUUGGAAGAGCUGGAAUCAGAAUCUUUAACACCGUUCGACGACCGUUUCCAGAUGAUGAAGCUCAUCUCGUUGUCUUAUAAAGAAGCUCUUGUAUCACCCCCAACGAGUCCUCCUCUCUCGCCUGGACGCAGUUUUUCACAGGGGAUGAUAAGUCACGCACCCAGCGCCGAUCUGUCCAUGCCCGAGGUAAUCAAGGAUCAAAUGAUGUCAGAUUGGACAAGGGAUGGAGUGAUUGUGCUGGUUCAAAACGGCAGCAAAUCUGUUUCGCUUAACGGUUCAAAGUCUGGCACGAAUGUGACUGGUCACCAGAACUUCCUUGCUGUUAAUGGGAUGAAUACUGGGGGCUCGAACAGCGGCUCUCAAUCUCCUCAGGGCCACCACAUGCAUCGCAACACACCCAAUUUGACCUACGGUUUGGUGGGAGGUCUUGGUGCUCUGGCAAAACUUCGUAAAAGCAGUGUCCACUCACCAUCACCAGCGAGCGACUCGAGUCGCAACUCCGUGACUCGAGUAGACCAACUGAAACGAGUCCUUACCGGACAAGCUGACGGCCCAAGAACGAAAACUGGACGCGCACAUAGCGAUGCUAGCAGCGAGAGCAUGGUCAGCUACGACUUCACGGGAUCCGAAAUAUCCUUCAGCCCAGGCCAACAAAACGUCUCGCAAAUGGAACGAUCAGUAUCUCUACGCGAAUCGAACGAGCGAUCACGCUCGAAAUCUCAUGACCGGGUUGUUUCACAGAGCGAAAACAGACGUCUUCUGACAUCUAACCCCGUACCAUCGCUGAAGGAUGAGAAUGUAGCGUUCGAGGAAGAAGAUCCAAACGCCGUGCCUCCCGUACCACCUCUUCCAUCUUCCUUGGUGGGCGAAAGCACAUCAGUUCACGACCACGCCCUUCCCGACUCAACGCAAAAAAGCCGUAGCGCGAAGCGCAACACACCAUGGGGCGAUGAUGCACUGCUUGUAGAUCUAGAAAGUCUAUUGAAUGGGAUUGAUACGAGUGGGGAACAGAAGGGUAAUUUGGUGACGAAACCGCCCUAUUGA